AUGAGAAGGAGAAUGCACCGUAUAAGAAUGCAUCGUAGAAGAAUUGCAAUGAGAAGAAGGAACCGUAGAAGACUUGCAAUGAGAAGGAGAAGGAACCGUAGAAGACGUGGAAGGAGAAAUGGUCGAAAGAAGCGUUCUAUACAGUUUCCGGAACAAAUGGAAGACUUGAAUAUGAAACGUGCUACGAAGACCCAACCUUCCUGCCCACAAAUUUACACUGCCUCCACAGAAGGGAAAUUCUGCUUCCUGACCUCGACAGAGCUAAUGAAGUCAACCUCGGCUCAGCAUUACUGUAACAAACAUGGCGGAAACCUCGUGGCCAUUGAAACUUCGGGGAAACAGUCGGCUGUACAAACCUUCUUGCAGAGGAACCACUUCAACAAGGAGAAGAUUUGGCUGUCCGACAUCGCCAGCCUGGAUGGAGUGAAAGUCUGGAGAAUCAGCCAGAAGCCAGUAGACUUCAAUAAAUUUGAGAACAAACAAAUUCCAUUUGAUGACACCUGCAUUCUUUUCGACGUAUCCUCUGGAUCCUGGAUCAGUCAACCCUGCUCAGACACAGGCAGUUGGAAGAGACCCGAACACCAUCGCGCCCUUUGUGAGCCAACAGAAAACCAGCAAAUGAACACUUCGGUAAAUAAUGGACUAGACAGGCAGAAGCGUGACACUGCUGCUAUUCAUUCCGGGAAAGCGGAUGAGAAAAAUGUGUUCAAAUCUCUGUCUUCAAAUGUGAACUCUGCAUUUGCUAAAAUGAAUACGGGACUGAAGAAAAUGUUUGGAUAA